CUCUCGGGCCGGUGUCUUGUAGGGGAGGGGUUGGGGGGGGGAAAGAAACACCUCCCUCUCUGCCUCCGUGUCUCUGGCUGAGAAACACCCGCGGACGUUUCCACUGAACGCCGCAGAGACAGCGCUGCCUCCCCGGGAACCUCUCGGGGGGAAAAGUGUUUUCACCUUUGGGCGAGUGCUGGUCCAUCCCCCGGGGGAUGGAGAAGUACGAGAAGAUGGGGAAGAUCGGGGAGGGCUCCUACGGCGUGGUCUUCAAGUGCAGAAACAAGGACACGGGGCAGAUAGUCGCCAUCAAGAGGUUCAUGGAGUCGGAGGACGAUCCCGUCAUCCGAAAGAUUGCGCUGAGGGAGAUCAGGAUGCUCAAGCAACUGAAACACGCCAACCUGGUAAACCUGAUCGAGGUUUUUCGACGUAAACGGAAGCUCCACCUGGUGUUCGAGUACUGUGAUCACACGGUCCUCAACGAGCUGGACCGGCAUCCCAGAGGUGUCCCCGAGCACCUUGUCCGAAGCAUAACCUGGCAGACGCUUCAAGCUGUCGACUUCUGUCACAAACAAAACUGCAUUCACCGAGACCUCAAGCCGGAGAAUAUUCUCAUCACCAAACACCAAGUCAUCAAACUCUGUGACUUUGGAUUUGCCAGGAUCCUCACCGGUCCAUGUGACUACUACACAGACUACGUGGCGACCCGUUGGUACCGGGCCCCUGAGCUGCUGGUGGGAGACACUCAGUACGGCCCUCCGGUGGACGUGUGGGCGAUCGGCUGUGUGUUCGCCGAGCUGAUGUCAGGCAUCCCCCUGUGGCCCGGGAAGUCCGACAUGGACCAGCUGCACCAGAUCAGAAAGACUCUCGGACAUCUGAUCCCUCGACAUCAGCAGGUUUUCAGCAACAACCAGUUCUUCAGCGGCGUUUCCAUCCCAGAGCCUCAGGAGAUGGAGCCCUUGGAGCAGAAAUAUCCGAACCUCUCACAUCAAGCUCUGAGUCUAAUGAAGGGCUGUCUGAGGAUGGACCCGUCUGAGCGGCUGACCUGCGAGCAGCUCCUCCGGCAUCCGUACUUCGACACCCUGCGAGAAAAAGGCCAGAGCACGUCUCGAGAGCAGGACCGCUCCGGCAGCAAGAGGACACGCUUACCUCGCAAACACCUUCCCCCUGGGUAUUUGCCGCAGCUGACCGGCAGCAGCAUCUUCCCAGCCCUGGACAAUAAGAAGUACUACAACAACCUGCGCAAGUUCAACUAUCACCUACCAAACAUCUAGACACGCUGAUCCCCAUUGAAAUUUAACCCUGAAAUCCAUUCAAGUUUCAGCGUUUUUCUGACAAAGCUCAGGAAAUGAAGCAAAUUCCGGUAGCACC